AUCAUUUUGCCCAUCAUCCACCACGUGCCCGGCCACGAUCUGAACGGUUCCUACGAAAACCAACUGGACGCCCUCUACCAGACUUUUCAGGACCCGAUUCUUCUCACCACCACAAUCCUUCUCAUCCUCUCCAUUGCAUUCUUCAAUUUCUUCGGUCUCGCCGUAACUGGUUGUCUGUCCGUUUCGGUAAAAUCGUCCACUUCCAUCUUCACUGGAAUAGGCGUAAGCCUAGUGGUUGACAUCUUCAUUACCUACGGACAGUCAACAAAGCAAUGA